AGGUCAAAACGAGAGGUAAAGUCAAAAGCUACACUCGAAUAUGUGUGAAAUCCUGCGAGAAAACUUCGAUGAACGCUUCCCAGAGAUCAAAGAUGUAAUAGAGAGGAGCUCUUUCGUUGCCAUCGAUACAGAAUUUACCGGGCUGUCAACAAAUGACUCUUCUUGUCCAAGUCUUUUUGAUGAAGCCAAAACAAGAUAUAAAAAGCUGAAGAAAUCUAUAUCACAGUUCGUUAUCUGUCAGUUUGGGCUGUGUGCCUUUGUGGAGAUCCCUGAUCAGCCAAACAGGUACCAAGCAUAUGCUUUCAAUUUUUAUCUCUUCCAACCUUCUUUUGGACCAGUGGAUUGCAGAUUUUUGUGUCAGGCAUCCAGUCUUCAUUUCCUGUCCAAGCACAAUUUUGAUUUCAAUAAGUUUAUUCACCAUGGUGUCCCAUAUUUGAAUAAAGACCAGGAAGAGGAAAUCAGAAAACAACAUAAGGAACAGUCCUUGUAUUCUGGUACCCAAUCCUUGGAGCUGAGAGGCCUCGAUGAUCAAAUCAGCUCAAGUAUCAGUAGAACAGAAUCAUGGUUAGAACAUGCACAUGAAGGAGACAAGAUCACACUUGAUUCUGAGAAUUAUACAGGUCAAUAUCUACUAUUUACUGAACUGAAGAAUCAACUGAAUCCUGAGCUAGUGAAAUGUGAAGUUACAAACAAUCUGAAGAUUGUUGUAACGAGGCAAAAAAGUUCCAGUAAAAAGAAGAUCAAGGAACAGCAGACAAAAGAAGAAGAAAAAAUUUUACUCUCUGUCAUUGGAUUUUCAAGGAUCAUUAAACUGUUGAUUAAACUAAAAAAGCCACUAGUCGGACACAACCUGUUAACAGAUCUAUUGCUUCUUUACGAUAAGUUUAUCAAACCUUUACCAGAAAAGUAUGCUGAUUUUAAGGCCAACUUACAUAAGGCAUUCCCUUUCGUGUAUGAUACGAAGCACCUGGCAUUCAAAAUCCGUAAACAUCAGAAAUUAAAUAAUAAUUGUACUUUUCUGGACAAUACUAACCUUGAAGAUUUGCAUGCAGCACUUAGCAGCGAUGAAGCAAAGUUCUUUGUGUUGUAUAAUCCAGGUAUUGAUUUAGCAGAUAUUUCUCAAAAAUAUGGAGAAGAACAACGCCCUCAUGAAGCUGGUUAUGAUGCUUACUUAUCAGGAUUUGUUUUCUUGAGAAUGACACAUCUUUUUGCAGCAAAAUUACAAAAAUCUCAACUGUUCAAGCCUUUUCCAUUUUCAAAGUUCAUCAAAGUUUUACAGCCUUAUGAGAACCAAGUGAAUAUUCCAAGGGCAACAAUACCUUUUGUUAAUCUAUCUGGUAAUGACCCGCCAUCUGUUCGCCCCCAGUGGUUUUUUGUGGAGUCAAACGUCACGCAACCAUUGUCAGGUCAUAAGGUCGCAAAGCAGUUUGUUCGGUUUGGAUCAGUGGACGUUAAGAUAAUAGAUCAAUGUCAUGCAGUUGUUGCUGUUGCUCAUCACAGAAGAGUAGACAAUGUCCUAAAAUUGGUGAAAAAGAAUAAGAGUACCACAGUCAGACUGUAUAAUUCUCUGUAUGACUCGUAUUUGAUGAGGAACCUUAUCUGGUCUGGAGGUGUGUUCACCACCUUAUCUCUGUGUAUCGGUGCUGGUCUACUAAUAUGGAGAGUUCUUAAGUGAACUAACGAACACUCCUUACUAUACAUUCCACUCUAGUAAGAAAAUUCCAACAAUGUAUCUUUACUUAUCCUCCAUUGUAAUGAGAAAUAUAUUAAUUCAAUCGUUAAAUCUUUAUUUAUUUAUUAUUAUUAUUAUAAAGAGUUGGAUUUUUAACAAUUUACAUAAUAAGUUAGAAUA